UCAAGGGAUUCAUUCAAAUCAUUCCAACGAAUCCAAUGGCAGAGUUGUCUAUAAUGGACGCCGAUUUGGAUGAAUAUGUUUCCAGACAUUCACUCGACGGCACUCUACUCUUUGCUGAUCACAGGAUCUCUGGAAUUAUUGGUUAUUUGCCAUCAGAAGUGAUGGGAAAGUCAGCCUAUGAUUAUAUACUACCGGACGACCACUCGAUAGCACUUUUUGCUCAUAAAUUAAUGUUGUCCAAUAGCAACGGCACGGGAACUAUUGUCCAUCGAUUGCGGACAGCGAGCGGUUCGUUCGCGUUUCUGCAGUCAUCAGGUUGUCUUCAAUACGACAAAAACGGACAAAUAGAUCACUGGAUUUGUGUGAGUCGUCUUCUCGUUGAGAAUGAAGGCGACAAAGAAAGGGACAAAUUUGUCAAACGAUUCACACCUCAUAUUUAUAACGUCUCUCCGACGGCUCUCUACGAGUCGUUGCAGAUAGUGGUCGGUCCGCGCACUACAGCCUCCGUUUUGGGC